AUGGGAGAAUUAAACCAUAAACAACGAGAAUUUUGAAUGCCUGAUAACUCAGCAAAAACCUGUCACAAGUGCGAUAAGGUUUUCAAUACUUUUAGAAGGAGACAUCACUGUCGAUAUUGCGGCUUGAUUUUUUGCUCAAAUUGCACAGAAAAGAGCUAUGAACUGCCUAAUGGGAAAAUUAUUCUGAGAAUUUGCAAAGACUGUUUAGAACUAUUAAAUUCCUCACAGCAAAAUACGUUGGUUGGAAAUAUAGAAAAAUAUCCCAUAUCUUCUAUUGAUGGAACUUCUGAUACACCUUCUAUUACUACAAUUGAAAAAGAAGAUAUUCUCCCAAGAGAAGUUGAAAUAUUAGAUGGGGCAGAAGAAAGAAGCCGAGAAAUAUGAAUCGACCCAGCACAGGAUGAGCAGAAGGAUAUAAGAAUUGUGGAGCUUCUAGAUGAAAUAAAUGGGAAAAGUAGAGAUGACUUUGAAAUUUAUGCUCAAGAGUUUUUAAGGAUAAGGGCGAUAAAGCUACUUGAAAAUUCUGGAGUUGAUAAAAACUGGUUUGAACUAAUCAUAAAAUUUGUAAGAGAAAUCGUCGGAAAUGUCUGCUCAUCUGUCCAGUAUAGGCAUGAUAGUAUGGACAUAAAUAAUUAUCUCAGGAUUAUUAACGUAGAAAAUUCUGACAAUAGUUUGAGCGAAUAUGUGAAUGGAAUUGUUUUAAAUAAAAACAUCGCACACAAAAGAAUGCCAAGAGAAAUAAAAAACCCAAGAAUUUUAUUAUUGCAAGGAGCUACUGAUUCGUUUUUUACAGAAAAGAGAAUCGUUUCAAUGGAUAAUUUAAUAGAUCAGGAAGGAGAUUUAACGAAAAUCUUAAUCAAAAAAAUCGAAAAAAUCAGCCCAACAGUGAUAGUAUCUGAAAAAGGCUUGUCACAGCCUAUCAUAAAUGAGCUUUCAAAAAUGGGGAUAUCGACUAUUAUUAAUGUGAAAAUGAAAAUUCUAACUAUGCUUGCAAGGGUCGCUCAAGGGCAAAUUCUAACAUCUGUGGACCAAAUUUCUCAUUUGGUAAAGUAUUUAGCGGAAUGUGAAGAAUUUUUCCAAAAAAAUAUUGGACAGUCCACAUAUUUAUACUUUAAAGGCUCUGCAGAUAAUUCAUUAGGGGCCACAAUUAUUUUAUCUGGGCCUGAUAAACCUGAGCUUAAAAAGGUAGCCAGUUUAAUUAGACAGCUCAGUCUAGAAUAUCGCAAUGUAAGACUAGAAAAAAGAGCUUUUACGCAGUGCAGGCUUGAAAACUACCCUGAUAUUUUUUUGAAUUUUUUUAAAGAGUCAACUGCCUAUAAAUAUCUCGUUGUCUGUGGACAUAAUAUGUGCAUAAGGAUUAUAAAGAAUUAUCUGGUAGAGAUAUUUGAUAAAAGAAACAGGUCCGUGAAGAGAGAAAAGUUGACCUGUAAAGAGAACAACAGGCUAUAAUCGAAUUAAUUAAUUAAUAAAAAUAUGUGUAUAAGGCCUAAAAGCAUGACCAUUGAUUUUUAUAAAGAAAAUGAUAUUCCUUUGGGAGAAUUUAUUAUCUCCACCAUCAAAAAAUCAAAUGAGAGAUGCGAAUGUGGUAGAAUCUGAGGUGUCCAUUCUUUUUACUAUUUAAAAUCAGGAGGCAGAAUUAAAAUUCGGCUUGGAAAAUCAACCUGUCCAAUAAGAGACAUCGUAGUUAGUAAAGAAUGCAAAGCAUGUGGAAAAACUGACGAGAAAUCAGAAAUUUUAAGCAAAGCAACCUGAGAGUAUUCUUUUAAUAAAUUCAUUGACAAUUUUUUUGUCAAAAAAGACCUGUUUCAUGACCAUCGAAGUUGCAGACAUGACUAUUAUAAAUUUGCGAGAUUUCAAUUCCAUGCAUUUGGAAUCAAAGUCACUGUUCAAUGGGAAGAAAACCCGAUUUUUGAUUUAGUUACAUCUAGAAAUAAAGACAUGGGAAGAUAUUAUAACACGCUAUUGAAUAAAACUUAUAAUGAAAUGAAAAUGGCAGCAAAAGACGUGCUCGAUGAUAUGAUAAGUAAUUGCAAAGACAUGUCAAGAGUCAUAAGUUCAUUAUUUUCUGAAGAAGAAUCAAAAGAUACCCAAAAUAAAUGGGAAAAAUUGCGUCAAGAAAUUGUCUAUGAUAUUGAUUUUUUAUCUUCACUAGUAGAAAAGCUGCAAAACAUAGACAUUUCUGAGUUCUCCAAUAUUUUACAGCUAGAAACAUAUAGAAGAGCUCUAUUCUUCCAAUUUUGCUCCACAAAGGUAAAUAUUGAAAACAUUGCAAAUAAUGUAAGAAGGGUAAAGUCAGGAGAAAAUGUGACGAUAAAUGAAAUUUCUUCAAAUUUAAACUCUUUCUUUGAAACACAAAACGAAUUAGCAGACACUGCUUCUUUUAAUGAAAGUAAACAUGAGCUUUCUACGAUGAUUCACGACUCUUUCGCAAUAAAAAAGGUGAAUUUAUCUAACAAAGAUGAUGAGCUAAUACAAUCAUCGCAUUUUCUUUAUAUGCAGAGAGGGUGUUUAACGCUUCCACUUGUAAAGGAUUCUAUUUGUGUCCCGGUUGAUGAGCAAGAUUCUUUGUCAAUAAUAGCUUAUACGCUGUCUACAGAAAAGUAUAAAGAUUUUAUAAUGUCAAAUUCAAAUCCACAGCUAGAUAAAAAUAACCAAAUUGAGGCAUCUUUACUAUCAGGCAGUGAAGACCAUUUUGAGUUUCAAAUUUCUACAUAUGACGAUGAUGCAUUUAAUGAGCUUGCCCAUAAAGAUGACAUGAGAAGACUAUAUGGCCCUCAUUUGACUAUAAAAGUCCAAAUAUGCUUUCCAUUUCAAUUUAAUGCAUGCCGACUAUUUGUUUGUGGAUCUGCUGAAGAGUUUUUAAUGUCGAUUUAUGCUUCACAAAAUAAUCAAAUGCAGCUUGGCAAAAGUGGCGCGACUUUUAGAACUUCGCAUGAUGGGAAAUAUAUAUUGAAAAUUGUUGACGAAAAAGAAUUUCACAUGUUUAUUGAUUUAGCACCUAAUUAUUUUCGGCAUGUCUGCAAAAGCUUUUUUCAUAGCAUGCCGUCCUUACUUGUAAGAACAUUAGGAGCUUUCAGGAUUUACAUAAAAAACCAAGGCACUGGAAGAUCUCGGGUAGAGUGUGCAUUAUUAUAUGAAAAUGUCGGGUUCAAUAUGCCUGAAAAAUGCUUCACCUAUGACUUAAAAGGAACUGCCAAUUCUAGAAGAAAGGUAAGAUCAGGCGAAAAACGCACAAAAAUGGACAUUAAUUUUCUAGACGAUUUUUUUGGAGUUCCUAUCAAUAUUUCUCCUGAAUUCAAAAGAAUUUUUGACGCUGCUGUAUGGAAUGAUUCUCUUUUCUUAUCAAAACAAAAUAUCGUUGAUUAUUCUUUACUUAUUAUAGUAUCUCUAGAGCAGCGGAAAAUUGCAGCAGGGAUUAUUGAUUAUGUAGAGCAAUAUACAUUCGAACGAGUCAUUGAAAGCAAUUAUAAAAAAGUUGUAGGUGCUGAAUUGCCUACAAUUACACAUCCAAAUACAUAUAAAGAACGAUUUCGUAGCCAAAUUCUGCAGACUUAUUUUAUUGCAAUUGAAGAAUAA